GAUUCAGUUAGUUGCUUCCUCGGAAUCUAUGCUCGUUGUGAUUGUAUGUAUAAUACAAACAAGAAAGAAAAUCGUUGUGAUGUGAAUUAGGUUUCAACAAAAAGGAAGGAAAUAAAGCGAUGAAGAAGGGCGAUAAGGGUCGGACUCGGACCUUCCCGGUGGAUCCGAAUGUGCCCCGAUGGGUUUGUCAGAACUGCCGCAAUCCUCUUUGCAUCGUCGGCGUCGAUCCCUACGCCGACAAAUUCUUCAACGACCCUUCUCGCUCCGGGAUGCAAGGGUCAUCCAUUCAUGGUGCCAGCAGUGUGCUGAGUACGACUAAGAUGGACAAUUCGUAUGUUGUGUUGCCGAAGCAACGGCCUCAGGCUCAGGGAAAUCCUGCUCGGCCGCGUGGUGAUGCUGCGCAGCCUGGAAAGGCAAUGGAAGAGUCGUUUGUGGUUGUUUACAAGUCUGAAUCUCAAUCUGAUGGCAGUGGAGCUCACUCGUCGGCAACGGGGGCUGAUUCUGGUGACCAUUUGCCACCUCAUAACUCUGGGUUUAAUGCAACUAUCACUGUCCUGACGCGAGCAUUUGAGAUUGCCACGACUCAGACACAGGUUGAACAGCCUUUAUGCCUUGACUGCAUGCGGAUUUUGUCAGAUAAGCUUGAUAAAGAGGUUGAAGAUGUAAACAGGGACAUUGAAGCAUAUGAGGCCUGUCUUAAACGUUUGGAGGGGGAGACUGGAGAUGUCCUCAGUGAGGCUGAUUUUCUUAAAGAGAAACUGAAGAUUGAGGAAGAAGAACGAAGACUUGAAGCAGCAAUUGAAGAAACAGAGAGACAGAAUGCUGAAGUAAAUGCUGAACUGAGGGAACUAGAGUUAAAAGCAAGCCGCUUUAAAGAAUUGGAGGAGCGGUAUUGGCAUGAGUUCAACAAUUUUCAGUUUCAAUUAAUUUCUCAUCAGGAGGAGAGAGAUGCAAUUUUGGCCAAGAUUGAAGUUUCACAAGCACAUUUAGAAUUGUUGAAGCGAACAAAUGUGCUAAAUGAUGCCUUCCCCAUUUCUCAUGAUGGAGAGUUUGGAACAAUUAACAAUUUUCGACUUGGAAGACUCCCUAAAAUUCCAGUUGAAUGGGAUGAGAUAAAUGCUGCCUGGGGCCAAGCUUGUCUUCUCCUUCAUACUAUGUGCCAGUAUUUCCGACCUAAGUUUCAAUAUCGAUUAAAGAUAAUUCCUAUGGGUAGCUACCCUCGUGUCACAGACACAAACAACAGUACCUAUGAGCUGUUUGGUCCGGUCAACUUGUUCUGGAGUACUCGCUAUGACAAAGCAAUGACACUGUUUUUAGCAUGCCUCAAAGAUUUUGCAGAAUUCGCAAAUUCUAAGGAUCAAGAGAACAACAUACCGCCUGAGAAAUGUUUCAAACUGCCUUAUAAGAUUGAAAAUGACAGAGUGGAAAACUAUUCCAUCACUCAGAGCUUCAAUAAGCAGGAAAGUUGGACAAAAGCUCUCAAGUACACUCUUUGCAAUUUGAAAUGGGCUCUUUAUUGGUUUGUUGGAAAUACGAACUUCCAGCCUCUUUCAGCUAUGGUAUCUUCACAUGCUGAAGUGCAGCCAGUAGGGUCUUUGUACCCGAAGCGUGCUACUGAAGCCAAGUCUGAAUCUCGAAACUAAACAUAAUAAACGUUUCCUAGGAUUUAGUUUACAUACAAAUGUGUACAUGAAACUACGUAGUCCUUAGAUGCCCAUACAAAUGUUUGUAUCACAAUUCUUGUUAGUAUUAUUCAAUACUUAAUCUACGUGCUAUUAUUC